AUGGACCAUGUGGAGGAUGCGUCAGACGCAUGCCUCUUUCUUCGCUUAGGCGGCCGUCCGAACCUGGAGAGGAUCGUUUAUGAGCUUUACGACUUGAUGCGGUUUGACAGCCUUCUUGGACCACAGUUUGAGAGGUUUGCCAGGACGGACGCCACUUUCAUGCGCCUGAAGAUUCGCACGGUGGACUUUCUCGAAUGGCUCUUAGGAGGCCCUUAUGUCUACGACGGCCCAGACUUGUUUGUAGCCCAUGCUUCGAUGCAUAUUGACAAUCUCUCCUACACUCAGAUGAUGAAGCUCUACCAGCAAGUCCUAGUCGGAAUCGACGACAUCGAUGAGCUCAGCAAGCAAGAGCUCUUGCAGGUCCUUGAGGCACAGCGCGGACCGGUGGUAGAUCCUUACAAAGAGUUCGAAAGAGAGCAUGAGGAGCGCUGGCAGAGGCUGAAGGGGGAGCGGGAGAUCCGCGAGAAGAAGUUUGGGAAGAAGAAGUUCAAGUCCUUUGAGACCCGGAUCUUGGAGCAGGAGCGCGCCAAGGGAAACCCACCCGCCCAGGACUUCCUGGAAGUUAUGGCGCGUACGGCUGGAGUGUCAGACGUGUCGCUGCACCGUCCCGCAUCCGUGCGCCAGGUGGCGUCCCCGCCUGUGGCAUCAGUUGAGGUCCCAAGACGGACCAAGCACAAGAAGAAGACGAGCCCACAUAGCGCCGAGACCUGUGCAACGGUGGAUUUCACCCCGUGCGCAGACGGGGUCAAGCAGCUGUCACAUCGCUUCUCCGAGCUCCUUCCACGCCUGGGAGCGCUUCCCGCGCGACGACUGCUGCAGUUGACUGUUCAGCCGCCGCCUGGCGACCGUUUGGAAGAUGCAGUGUGCACUCUCGUGGAGCUCGGUGCUUUGACCUCGAGACGGGAUGAGCAGGCACGGAUCACAAUCCUUGGCCGCAUGGCCAUCGUGCUGCCUCUGGACCUGCGUCUUUGCCGUCUGGUCCUUUUCGGUGCACUGUUCGGCUGUGCAGCGGACGCAGUCGUGAUGGCGGCCGCCCUCAGUGGACAGGACCCUUUCUCCUCGCCCAUGCACAUGGUCAUUAAGGACCACCUGAAGUAUGCUCGCGCACUCGCGAAAUCCUUCGAGUCGCGGUGGCACUUCGAUGGGGGUGCCCUUAGCGAGCCCAUCAUGCUCCGGAACUUGUUCAAGGCAUGGCUGAAAGGCCUUUCGCAGGAAGGUGAGGGCACGCUCGGCUCCCGUCUUCGAGUGCAGCUGGGUGCCAGUCAGCGCAGCAUGCUCCUGAAGCACUCGCAAGAGUUUGCCAAGGACCACGCCGUCAUGCCGAAAAGGCUAACUCAUCUGGCGCUCACCGUGGUCGAGAUAGCUCAGAGGACGCUGGAGUUUCUCGCCCCGAACACACCGGAGCCAACGGACGGGCAUCUGCCAAGCCCUUCGCGUCGGCGCUUGGAAGCCCUUCUCGCUGCCCUCGGAGUGCAGCCCCCUCUUCUGGUGAAAGAUGCCAACGCUGCCGCAGAGCCGCAGGCCUCCGCAGCAAACAGUGGAAUUUUUGUUCUGGGCAUGGGCAACAACCCAGAGACAACCCCAGAGCGCCGAAGGGUCCAAGAGUUGCAGAAGCCCUUGCGCCGGCUGGCCGCGGGAAACUUUGAGGUGGUGGUGAAGUCAGCCUUAACCGGCGAAGUCUUGUCCGUGGAAGCCGUGGACUGCAUUACCACCGCCCUCGAGCUUAGCCUGGUGAUCCAGGCUCAACACCGCUUGGCUUGCCGACCGACGCUCCUGCUGGACGAUGAGGUCAUGAAUCCUCUCCAUCGGCUGGAGCAGGUUGGAGUUCAAUCCGGCAGCCAGCUUUCAGCCGUGAUCACAGAGCCUGCGGCAUUCUGCGUCGCAGGUCUGCCGGAGGUUGGGCUAGGAGAGCACAAAGCCCUGUGCAAGGACUUGAACCACUUGCUGCGCUACUACAUCCACACCACUCCUCCUGUUGCCCCAUACCUUCCAUGCCUGCCGAGUGGUCGUACACAAAGCUUCAUCAUUGUGACCUUGAGUGACUCCAACGAGGUUCAGCAUGUGGUUCGGAAUCUCCACGGCAAAGUGGCAACCCUGAGCGGGACCACUAAUGCUCUCAUGGCCUUUGAACUUGGAGAAACAGAGAGGCUUUUGCAGGAAGGUGUUCAUGAAGCUGCGAUUCUCCGGGCCAUCACAGAAGAAGCUCAGGUCUGGAGACAGGCCGCACAGAGUAGGCCGUGCUGA